UUCUUUCUGAUUAUGAUGAUGAUGAUAUGGUGAUGAAGGAUGCGGUGCACAGCCAGAAAGAGAGGAUCAUGAGUGAGUUUUACAAGCUGCACGACUUCCUGAUCGAUGAAGAAGAAAGGCUCUUGAAAGAGUUAAAGGAAGAGAAAUGGCAGACCCUGAAGAAGCUGUAUAAGAAUUUGGAACAGCUCUCAGUGCAAAGAUCCUCCUUGAAGCAGCUGGUUGCAGAAGUCAAGAAGAAAAGCCAGCAGACAGACACAGGACUCUUGAAGGAUGUUGAAAACAUCUUAAGCAGAACUAGAAAUGUGACUCGAGUAGAAACAGAAACCGUUUCUGUGGAGCUGAAGAAUGUUUAUAACAUUCCUUGCAUUGAUAUUAUUGAACUUCUGACAAAAUUCAAAGUGGACAUGACUCUCGAUCUUGCCACUGCUCAUCCCAGCCUUGUAAUCUCCGGGGACAAGAAGAGUGUGAAACAUGGAGGACAACAACAGCCGGAACUGCUUGCCAAAGAGGAUAACACAGAGAGAUUUGACACUUACCUUAUCGUCCUGGGCUCUGAGAGAUUCACUUCGGGGAGACACUACUGGGAGGUGGAAGUGGGGGAGAGUACAGAGUGGGAUCUGGGAGUCUGUAGGGAAACGGUGAGCAGGAAAGGGCAAGUGAGCAUCAUGUCCUCCUUGAGCGGGUUCUGGAGACUUUGGCUUCGGAACAGAGACCAGUACAAAACUGUGAUCUCCCGUCCAACGCUGCUCCCUAUUAAUGUGAAGCCAACUAGGGUAGGGAUUUUCCUAGACUAUUCAGAAGGUGAGAUUUCUUUUUACAAUGUGACAGACAAGACCCACAUUUAUACAUACGUGGGGGCUUUUUAUACCCCUCUGAGGCCUUUCUUUAGUCCCGGCCGCUACCAGAAAGGGGAGAAAGCAUAUCCCUUAGCUAUCUGUCCAGGUCCAAGGAAUGGUACUACUGGGAGAGAAGCACGCCAAGAAGCAUAGAGUUGGAAGAGAACCCAAGGGCCAUCCAGUCCAACCCCAUUCUGCCAAGCAGGAAGACACAAAACACUUCAAGUGAGUCAAAGAAUCCUAGAAUCGUUGAGUUGGGCCAUCCAGUCCAACCCCAUUCUGCCAAGAAGCAGAAAAAUCCCAAUCAAAGCAUCCCCAACUGAUGGCUAUCCAGUCUCUAUUUAAAAGCCUCAAAAGAAGGUGCCUCCACCACACCCCCAGGCAGAGAGUUCCACUGCUAAACAGCUCUCAGUCAGGAAGUUCUUCCUAAUGUUUACGUGGAAUCUCCUUUCCUGUAGUUUGAAGCCAUUGUUCUGCAUCCUAAUCUCCAGGGCAGCAGAAAACAAACUUGCUCCCUCCUCCCUAUGACUUCCCCUCACAUAUUUAUACAUGACCAUCAAGUCUCAGCCUUCUCUUCUGCAGAUUAAACAUGCUGCUCCUCAUAGGGCUUGUUCUCCAGACCCGAUUAUUUGAGUCGCCCUCCUCUGAACACAUUCCAGCUUGUCAACAUCUCCCUUCAAUUGUGGUGCCCAGAAUUGGACACGGUAUUCCAGGUGUGGUCAGAUCAAAGCAGAGUUGGAAGAUCUGUGUACUACAAUGGGUUUCCUCUUUACACUACAAACAGAUAAUUGCCUGAUGUACAUUUUACUUAAUAAAUUUGUUUGGAGGCCUGGCAUUGUCAUCCACAAUGAA